AUGGGUGUUCAGAAACAAACUAGAGUUGGACGUACCAGGUUCAAGGCUUUUGUGGCCAUUGGUGACUACAAUGGCCAUGUUGGCUUGGGUGUCAAGUGCUCCAAGGAAGUAGCCACAGCUAUUCGUGGUGCUAUCAUUCUGGUCAAGCUGUCCUUAUAUCUUGUGAGAUGUGGCUACUGGGGAACCAAGGUUGGCAAGCCCCAGACAGUGCCCUGCAAGGUCACUGGGCAUUGUGUAUCAGUUUUACUGCACCUGAUCCCCACCCCUAGAGAUACUGGCAUUGUCUCAACUCCUGUGCCUAAGAAGCUCCUAUUGGUUGUUGGAAUUGAUGACUGCUACACUUCUGCAAGGGGCUAUACUGCCACUCUGGGCAAUGUUGCUAAAGCUAACUUUGAUGCCAUCUCCAAAAGAAAUAGCUACCUGACACCAGACCUAUGGAAAGAGACUGUGCUUACUAAGUCUCCCUAUCAGGAAUUCACCAACCAUCUUGUGAAGACUCACACACAGGUGUCUGUACAGAGGACCCAGGUAGCUGCUGUGGAAAACACAUAG